GACCUAAGCGCAUCUCGUCUUAAAAAAGUUGAACUCAAGUUCCUUUGCGCGCCGUGCAAAACAACUUUCAUUUUUAUACCUUUCGACAAUUUCGUUGUAUAUGUUUUCUUUCAUGAAGACAUGUUCAUCCAUCUAAAACAUUAUUAUUAGACGCAUAAUUCACGAAAGGGCAAAUUCCGACCCGCGCACUUCGUUUUGUUCCCUCUAACAAGUUCUGCCUGCGGGCCUAUCGAAGCUUUCAAUACGAACAGAUCGAUUUACCCGCCGACGCGAUAACCGAUUACCAUUCCAUGAUCGGUUCUUUGUGAACAAGACACUCGCCAUAACCAUGGCUUUCAGCUUUGGAAGUGCGGGAAACUCGGCUGGUGGGACGGGGGUUGAAGAAUUACCAACCGUACAAACCGAAGCUCUCAGUUUCCUUUCGUUAUCCGGUGAAGCUAAGUUGCGUUUGACGUCGCAAUGGUCUCCGCCUCCCGCCGAAAAUGCAUCUCUUAUCAGCAUCGCAUCGCGACAAGGCCUUGUCGCUGCCGCCGGUCCUGAUGCUGUUAUAUUAGCUUCUACAGAAGCUGUUCGAAAGGCGUUCGAUAGUCCUAAAACUGACGAUAGCGACGUUCGAGCUUUCGAACCGGCUUUGAAGCUACCUCUACCGAUACGAAUAUGUCAACUCGCUUUCACUGCAGACGAAUCCUACCUAAUACUGUCCGCGGAGCAAGGCGGAGGGUUGGCGGUCUAUGAUGUUCAAUCUCUCCAACAAGGCUCGACUCAGACCGCCUUUGAGGUACCUACGAACGGCGAGUCACUUAGGGCUCUAGUACCAAAUCCUCGGCCAGAGAAAGGCGAGCUAUGCGCUGUUGUCACUAGCGAAGGCAAACUCCUCAUGGCAAACAUGAAGGAACGCAACUUCAUAUCAGGAUCUAACGGCCAAAUCUUGAAGAACCAAGUCAGUUGCGUGGCUUGGAGUACAAAGGGAAAACAGCUGGUAGCUGGACUCGGUGAUGGUACCAUACAGCAAAUGACGCCCGAAGGUACUAUGAAGGGGGAAAUUCCUCGACCGCCGGGUCUAGAUACGUCCUAUUUUGUUUCGUCUCUGAUCUGGCUUGAGAAUGACGUAUUCCUAGUCUUUCACGUUUCCAGUUCAGACCGGGCUCCUGUUGGGUGUCAUCUUAUUACAAGACAGGGACAGAACUUUCAAUUUCAGAAACUGACCAACCCUGUAGAGCCCUAUCCCGAUAGCAAGGCUCCUUACCACACAAUUCUACGCCUGAAGGACUUUCCCCCGAACCUACAAGACCUUCUCGUUUGCUCUUCAACUGCCGUGCCCGACAUUGGUCUUUUUGCGCGGUCGAAAACGCCGCUGGGCCCUAAUGGCCCCUCCAAUACUUUCGCUACGGUCGAGUUUUUAGAUGAUUCUAAGCGAGCAACUUUACCGAUGGGCGAUGGUAUGGACUCCCCGCCAGCGAUCGGCGCAGCCCUUGACCUGUCUAGCCGAGAAAAUGUCUACAAACCUAUACCUACUGAUGAGAUUGAACAAUCUCCCGGUCCACUACCAGGCUACUGGGUCCUUAACACGGACGGCUUGCUUUCUGCUUGGUGGAUUGUAUAUUCUGAAUCGGUCAGAGGAGGAACCACGUAUCCUGGGCUCGCAGCUGUUGAAGGGAAUGCUCCAGCCCCUGUUGGGUCAACUACUCCUAAGGCGGCUCCGUCGAACCCUUUCGCGUCUUCUAGUGCCUCACCCUUUGGGGCUCCGGCCUCAGCCACACCAUCGGCAUUCGGUAACCCGUCAGCGCUGGGAGCGAAAAGCUCGCCUUGGGGCGCUCAACCCUCUUCGGGUGGUGCUAGCGGUGCUACAUUUGGUUCGAGUACUUUCGGUGCGGGAGCUGCCACCUCGGCACCGAAAUUUGGUACUCCGUCCUUUGGCGCGCCAAGUCUCGGCGGCGGCGCUGGCCCUGCCUUUGGGCAAUCUUCCGGGCUCGGUGCUAAGUCUUCGCCUUGGGCUUCCGCGGGUACCUCAUCGAAUACCCAAGCAUUCGGUCAUUCCGCCUUCUCGAGUCUCGCCAAUAACGCGAACAGCACAGGCAAUUCUGGAUCACCCUUUGGGGGCCCGCUCACCUCCACAAACUCAAGCAGUCCAUUCGCAGGUUUCGCGAAUAAAGGUGGUUUCGCCUCCAUUGGAUCGAAUAAUAGUAGCGGAUCUAACAUAUUCGCGUCGACCAAGUCGGAGGCGCCUGAAGUGUCCAUGGAUGCAGACUCCUCCACAUCUAUGUUCCGUCCCCCAACAUCUAAGCCAAGUACGGAUACUGGAAACGUCUUCGGAUCGCAGACCUUCAAGUUAAAAUCAAGCUUUCAGGCUGAUCCGAAUGCAAAGGAUGAUAAUGACGAUGAAAAAGCCCCGAAAUCUGGAGGGUCUAUGUUCGGUGCAAAUUUCGCAUCUACGAUAGAUCAAACACCUAAGCCGGCACCCUCAAACCCGUUCGCUACUGGAACACAAAAUACCUUUGGGCAAUUGGCGCCAUCGUCUACAAAUGUCGAAUCAACUACACCAACUUCGACACCAGCACCCUCCAAGUUCUUAUCCCCGGUUUCAUCAGCUCCACAAGGCAAAGGGCUCUUUGAUUUUCACCCGAAAACUCCUAGUAGCCUUAGCAAUGCUUUCGGCUCUUCUACUUCCCAGACACCAACCGAAACUCCUCAAGUGAAAGUAGAGUCAGAAACCCCUAAACCCCUGAAGAGUUUCGCGGACGCGCCUCUGCCUCCGGAGUCUACGAGUAAAGCCACCUAUCCACUAGGUGAUUCGUCGUCUUCAUCGGCUGCUACAGUAGAAGGCUCAGAUCAUAAGGGGAUUAGAGCUGAGGAUGCGCCUCUGCCGCCGGACUUCGAAGAUGAAACUCCGAAAAGAGCAAAUCGUGAUGUUCCGCGUGAGGAGUCGCCCCCCGCUGAUAAUGACGCACCUCUACCCCCCGAUCCAGUGACCAAUAAGAAGGCCUAUAAUGCGCCACUACCUCCGCUACCUGCAACAUUUACUGCUAAGCCUAAGCCUGUUGAUGACUCGCCCUUGCCACCGGAUCCUAUCAAGCAGCCCAAAGCUUACGAGAACAAACUACCUGCCCUCCCUAUUGCUAAGCCAGUCUCUCAAGUAGUUGGGCCCGGAUUUAAAUUCCCUUCGAAUCCACCCCCUGUCCCAUCGGAUAGUGACGAUGACGACUUGUCGGAAGAGGAAGAGGGUACCGAGGCAGCCAGUGAAGAAGGCAGUGGUGUGGACGUGGCUAAGGACCUUAGUCCCUCCAGUGCUGGUCAAAACCAAACCCCCGGAUACACUCCCUCUGGCUCAUUUGACGGCUUGGGUGGCAGCUUUUCCACAAUAUCCCGCCCGGGCCAAGAAAGACGCACUUUCUUCGGUGAAUUAGGUCGGGAUGCUCCGCUUCUCCCCCAGCCAAACCCCAUUAGUCCCCGUUCACCGAGUCCGGUGCGACCAGUACCUUCGAGGAUGUUGAACAAAGACCAGUCACGUUCGUUUAGCGCGCCUGGCAUGGCUUCUCACAUCCUUUCAAGGAGACCACCAACUUCUAACUCGAAUAGGAAUAAUUACGGGAUUAGUCAGCAAGCUGAAGAGUCGAUCAUGGAGCAGCAGCGUAAAGCGAAAGUGAAGAAAGAAGCCGAGGAAAAACAAUUCCUUCUCGAUGAAGAAGACAGCGCUAUUCAAAAUCUGCUCAAGGCGGAUAUCCAACCCACCUUGGAACUCGAUGAAUUCAUGGCACAUUCAGGUGCAGUCGCAUCAUCCACUGAAAGCGUACCUGCUCAGGUUGAGGCUUUGUACCGCGAUAUCAACUCUAUGAUUGACAUCCUUGGACUUAAUGCGCGUGCCCUCACAAGUUUUAUCAAAGGCCAUAGAGAGCUUGACGCGAAGGAGUAUACGAGACAGCAUUUAGCUUCUCCUGAUGAGUGGACACUUGUCGGAAUAGAGAGUGUAGCCCGGAUAAUUGAUCAGGAUCUUAGGAAUGCUCUUGAUGAAGCAAGAGUUAGAGAUAUACCAGGAAAAGUGACGGAAUGCGAGGAUAUCCAGCGGGAACUUGUUCGCGAUCGCAACAAGCAAGCGGAUCUAAAGAAGAUUAUUACUUCACGCCUUGACCCCGAACAGACCAUUGCGAAUCGUUCCCUACCUCUUAGUGCGGAGCAAGCAGCACAACAGAGCGAUUUGCGCCGAGAAUAUGCUAAGCUCACGAAACUCUUAGCGGAAGCUGAGGAGAACUUAACUCUACUCAAGGCCAAGAUCGUUUCGGCGAAUAGUGCCAACGGCAAAGGCGGCCCGACGCCAACGAUCGAGGCUGUCGUCCGAACAAUUACGAAGCUUACUAGCAUGGUUGAAAAGCGUAGUGGUGAUAUCGACGUCCUCGAGAACCAAAUGCGAAAGUUACGCAUGGGAUCCCAAGGCCCCGGCGCUAGUCGUGAAGGCUCACCCUUUGCUACACCUAAUGCUAAGAGAAUCACCGGCGCCUCAUCCUCGGUAUUCUCUCCCGAACGUUCAGUACGAGAAAGUACACCUAGCCGGGGAAGCAGCUUCCGUUACUCGCAUUCUCACUCAUUGUCCGCUUCCAUAUCGAGUAUUGGCGGCGGUAUGUUCCAGACUCCACCUCGCAAGAAGCUUAGUGGUUUCGGCGACGUGGAAAGGAAAGCUGUGAAGGAGAAGCGAGAGCGAAGGACGGCUGUAUUAGGGAAGCUGAAGUCGAGUAUCGAGAAGAAGGGCGUGGGUGUCUGGGGUAUGGAUGAUAUUGAGUGAAGAAGAGACAGAUAGGCCGUUAUGAAGCGACGAGAAAGCUGCUCUUUAUUAGGGAUAAGCGAUAGCUGGCUCUGAGUUUAAGCUCGGGCUUAGGAGGGUAAAGCAGAAACGGACGAACGAAUGAACUUGUAUACUCGAGUCUGUAUUUACGUAGAAAAGAAAGAAAUAAUCACAACGUGCAAAACGUUUUACCCAAUUAAAUGAAGGAACAUUACCGAUUUA